AUGAGUUCGAAAAUGCCCUUGGCGGGUCCAAGUCUGGCCAUAUUUAUCAUCUCCAUGGUCAUGAUGAUUCUUUCUAUUGUGGCCGUGUCGAUGAGAACCUUCGUGCGUCUAUACGUUGUCCGGGCUUUCGGUUGGGAUGAUAUUCUCAUGCUUUCAGCACUGGCACUAUUUCUGGUAUUGAAUGUGUGCUCAAUUAUAGGCGCAAAGAACGGGGCUGGUCAUGACAAAACCGAUUUCACAGAUCACGAUGUUUAUAGAUUAGCGCUACUAUAUUGGUGGCUUAGUCAAAUAUUCUACAUCUGGGCAUCGGUAUUUGCCAAGAUAUCGAUCGCCGUCGCCCUCCUUCGAUUAACGAUCGAAAAGAUCCAUCGGAUAAUUCUCCUAUGCAACAUUGCACUCACAAUAGCUGUCGGCUUUAUGUUCUGGAUGGUCCUGCUACUUGAUUGUCGCCCGAUUUCAUACUUUUGGGAUUACGCGGAUCCUUCGAAGACAGGAACGUGCAUGUCUAACAAUGAUCUGGUCAAAGUCGCAUACGUUUACAGCUGUGUGACAAUAGUAUGCGACCUGACACUUGCGAUAUUGCCAAUAUUCCUCAUUUGGAAGUUGCAGAUGAGCUAUUGGACGAAGAUUGCAGUUGGGGGAGUUCUCAGCAUGGGCGCAAUUGCGAGUGUCGCAGUCAUUGUUCGGAUACCUUUUCUCCACUUCUAUGCCGAUACAAAUUUCCUACGUGGGUCUCCGCCGAGCAGGUGGCAGGAUAUCAUCGUUCCUGGCAUGAUGGAAGCAUUCAAGGCAGACACUAAUAUUUCUCAAGAUUCUACCUACCAAAUAGCAAUAUGGUCCGUCAUCGAAACCGGCCUUGGAAUCACCGCCAGCAGUCUUUUCACCCUCCGUCCCCUCUUCCGAUGGCUUCGGCACGAAAAUCUGUCAUCCGGUCGACACACCCGCGGUCCUAGCAGAGGCUAUCCUAGAAGAGGCUAUAACGAAUGUCAACUCUCCAGUCUCAACAGAGAUGGCUUGAAGGAGUCAAAUCCAAGGGCCAUGGAUUCUGCGAAUGUACAUGGAAAAAGAGGAAGCGUGAUAAAUACCGUGACGCUUCCACCAUUGCGGGAUUUCAUCUCCUCCAACCGGGACAGCAGGGAGGAAGAUUUGUAUCCAGAGAUGAGCCCUUUUGCUUCGACGAACCGUGUCACUGUUCAAACGACAUUUACACAGGUCGUUUCGGAGCGAAGUAGAUAA